AUGUUCUCACAGAAAGUAAACUACAGCCAUUUGUUAGCAUUUGCAAUCACCGUCUAUGUGGAAAUAGUAACAGGAAUCUUAGGAAAUGGAUUCAUAGCAUUAGUGAAUAUCAUGGACUUGGUCAAGAGAAGAAGUAUCUCUUCAGUGGAUCGGAUUCUUACUGCUUUAGCUCUUACCAGACUCAUUUAUGUGUUGUCUAUGUUCAUUUGUAUAUUGUUAUGCAUACUGUGCCCACAUUUGCCUAUAGAAUCAGAAAUGCUUACAGCAAUGGGUAUUAUCUGGGUAGUCAACAACCAUUUUAGCAUCUGGCUUGCUACAUGCCUCAGUGUCUUUUAUUUCCUUAAGAUAGCCAACUUUUCUAAUUCUUUUUUUCUUUACCUAAAGUGGAGAGUUAAAAAAGUGGUAUUAGUGAUAAUACUGAUGUCACUGAUUUUCUUGACUUUGAACAUUUUAUCUUUAGGCAUCUAUGAUCAUUUUUCAAUUGAUGUUUAUGAAGGCAAUAUGUCUUAUAGUUUUAGGAAUUCAACACAAUUUCUCAGAAUUUUCUCAUUUACAAACUCAUCCAAUGUUUUCUUAAUCACCUACUCAUCCCAAGUUUUCUUACCCAUCAACUCCCUGUUCAUGCUCAUACCCUUCACAGUAUCCCUUUUAGCCUUUGUCAUGCUCAUCUUCUCACUGUGGAAGCAUAACAAGAAGAUGCAGGUCAAUGUUAAACAUCCUAGAGACGCCAGCACCAUGGCCCACAUUAAAGCCUUGCAAACUGGGCUCUCCUUCCUGCUGCUGUAUACAGUAUACUUACUUCUCAUUAUCAUAGGAAUUGUGAACGUUGGAUUGAUGAAGAAAAUAGUAAUACUUUUAUUUGACCACAUUUCUGGAGCAGUUUUUCUUAUAAGCCACUCAUUUGUGCUGAUUCUGGGAAACAGUAAGCUGAGACAUGCCACUCUUUCUGCACUGACUUGUCUAAGGUGCUGGUCCAAAGAUAUGAACACUAUGGGUCCCUAA